AUGUCGCACGAAGACAUCGAGUACGUUGAGCGUGUAACCGGCAGCCCAUUGCGGCGCGAUGGCCUCGGUUCUCGUAAUGUGAGACCUGGCUUGGAGAGUGGCAAGAUCGCAAGCGCCAAAGUUGGAGCCACAGUUGAGCCCCGCGCAGCGGGGUUUGAUUGGUUUCAGUUUUUCUUAGACUGUGAUGUGAACGUGGGCCUAUGUGAACGAUAUGCUCAGGCUUUCGCUAAAGAAUCUAUGGAUGAAACUGUGCUAUCAGGGGUGGACUCAACGGUUUUACGAACUUUAGGUCUACGCGAAGGUGAUAUCAUUAAGGUAAUGAGGGCCAUUGAUGCGAAAUUUGGGAGAGCGGGCAAACUUGGCAAGGAUCUUGCCGAUGCCGACGUACAUGGACAAAGCGGGCUCUUUUCUGGCCCCGGCGGUACACUACGGAACAAUACGAGAAAAGGCCGGCCCGCCCCCGCCAUGCAGACUGACAAUGUUAUCGACGCAACCGCAUUAUCGAAGGCUGGCAAAGAGUUACUUGUGGAGGAGAAGGUAACAGGCUCCACGGCCCCAAAACCAAGCUACGAUCGCCCACCGACAAAGGCUGCACUUGAGGGUUUUGACGAUGAUGCAUGGGAUGAUCCGUUCACCCUUCUCUCCAAGGCCAAGUAG